AUGGCUCCUCAAGAUCUCACGGGCAUUAUGGUGGCCCUCUACACCCCUUUCAAGGAUGACACGAGGGCCAUUGAUGUCGAGGCCCUCACUGCCCACGUCGAGUCCCUCAUCAAGGCCGGUGUCCACGGUCUCGUUCCCGGCGGCAGCACCGGAGAGUUCACAGCCCUCUCGUACGACGAGCGCAAGCAGCUUAUCGAGGUUGUGCUCACCGCCGCCAAGGGCCGCGUCCCUGUCGUUGCCGGCAUUGGCGACCUCUCCACAGCCAAGGUCCUCGAUCUGGCCAAGCACGCCGCCGAGGCUGGCGCUGCCGCCACCAUGAUCGUCCCUCCAUUCUACGACAGCCCCAACCUGGAGGAGCUCCGCGAGUUCUUCAAGGAGGUCUACGAGGUGUCUAAGAUCCCCAUCAUGUACUACAACAUCCCCGGCGCCUCCGGUGUCAAGCUCUCCCCCACCGAGCUCGCCGGCCUCUCCGACGUCGGCGUCAAGUUCCUCAAAGAUACCUCCGGCGACGCCCCUUCUCUCACCCAGCUCCUCUUCGAGGACGCCGUCUCCAGCAAGAUCGUCGCCUUCAACGGCUGGGACACCCUGACCUUCUACGGCCUCGCCGCCGGCGCCAAGGGCUCCGUGUGGGGAACCACCAACAUCCUCCCCGAGCUGUCCGUCGAGCUGUGGAACGCGGUGGCCGUCAAUGGCGACCUCAAGAAGGGCCGCGAGAUCUGGGCCAAGAUCUACCCCCUCUGCAAGGUCCUCGAGUCCUACAACUACUGCGCUGGUGUCAAGACCGCCAUGGAGCUCAAGGGCAUCAAGACUGGUGGCAUUAGAAAGCCCUUUAAGCUGCUCACGGGCGACGCCAAGGCUGAGCUUGCUGCCGCGCUUAAGAUUGCUGGCGUCAAGGUAGUCGAGUAA